AUGGCCACACGCGGGCUCGGAACAACAUAAUGAAAGGGUCGCGGGGGACGGCAUCUUGUCAGCGUCGGAAGCAACAAGAAGAAGGAGGAGGAGGAGGAGGAGGCACCGCCGGCAGCUGCGCUUAGGAGGCAAACAUCCUUCACUUCAAAACACCUCAAGAUCACCCAAGGACAUACGCCCUUCGCUUGCCGAACGAAACGCAGGCCCCGCCCCCCCCUUCGGCUGCGGCGAACAUAAUUGCUUUUCUUCAAAUCGACCUCGAGAGCAACAACUGGAUCGGAGCGCCCUUCCGAGGGCAUGAACUUCGGCAGGGAGGUGGCCAGGCAGACCAGUUGUUAUACGUAUGUGUUAGAAGAUGAAGAUUCAGCCCUGGCACAUCUAAAUAUAUUCGAGUUGGCCGAGAAGGGUGACCAGGCUCUACUGGAGAGCCUGGUAAAGAAGAGCCCUGAGGUCCUAGGUGAGAAAGAUGAAUACGGCGCCGACCCCGUUCAUCACGCCGCCGCGGGGGGGCACGUCACCCUCAUCAAAUUCAUCACCGGCGUCCUGGGCCCGCAGGCGCUGAACGGCUGCGAUGAGCGUGGCGAUGUUCCCCUCCACUGGGCCGUGGAGAAGAACCAGGCAGAGAGCUGCAGGGUUCUGCUGGACCUGCGGGCAAACCCCAACGUCCUCAACAAGGCGCUGCUGUCACCCCUGCAUUUGGCCAUCAGCCUGGGACACAACAGAUUGGUGGAACUGCUGCUCUCCUCCGGCACGGUGGACUACGACCAGCCUGGAGACCUUGGCAACACCCCGGUCAUGAUGGCCUGCUCGCUCAAUAACUGCGAAGCUCUCAACUUGUUGCUCAAGCACGGAGCACGCCUGUGCCAGCAGAACAAGUUGGGGCACUUUGCGGUGCAUGCAGCUGCUUUCGCGGGUGCAAAAAGGGCCUUGGAAUUCGUCCUGAAGGCCGGAGAGGAGCUGGGCUACUUGGGUGAAAACCACAUUAACUAUCUCGACAAAUCCAAUAGCUCCCCACUGCAUCUGGCUGUGCGGGGCGGCAACGUUGAGACCAUUCGAUUUUGCAUCGACAAGGGAGCCAAAAUUGACCAGAAACAGCACGACAGGUCGACGCCGCUGCACUUGGCGUGUACCCAGGGUGCCAUCGAGGUGGUCAAAAUGAUGCUGUGCGCCCAUGGCCGAGUGGAGGACAUCAUUAACCUCAAGGACGGAGCUUGUCAGACGCCGCUGCACAAGGCUACCAUAUUUGACCACGUCAACUUAGCCGAGUACCUCAUCUCUUUGGGUGCGGAUGUCAACGCCGUGGACUGUAAAGACAACCCGCCCUUGCUACUGGCGACCAGUUGCGGCGCGUGGAGGACUGUGGCGCUGCUCCUGUCCAAAGAGGCCAAUGUCAAUCUAACGGACAGGUUUGGCUGCAACUUCCUUCAUCUGGCCAUCUUGCAACCCAAGGGGCUGAAGAAUUUACCAGAAGACGCGCUGCAGCGCAACAGCGUGAAGGCGUUGCUGAGCUGUGAGGACAAGGAGGGCUGCACGCCACUGCACUACGCCUGCCGGCUGGGCAUCCACGACUCGGUGCGCAACAUGCUGGGACUCUCGGGCCAGCUGGGCCUCGCGUGCAAGUCCAAGGACAAGAAGUCCGCCCUGCACUUUGCCGCUCAGUAUGGCCGCAUCAACACUUGUCACCGACUGCUGGAGACCAUCACCGACUCGCGCUUGCUCAACGAAGGCGACGAGCGAGGCCAGACGCCGCUUCACUUGGCGUCCCGAGGUGGACACACGCAGGUGGUGGAGCUGCUGUUGCGCAAAGGGGCUCUUUUUCACAGUGAUUACAAGGGCUGGACAUGUCUGCACCAUGCGGCCUCAGAGGGCUACACGCAAACUAUGGAGAUUAUAUUAUCCGCCAAUAUGAAACUGCUGGAUAAAACAGAUGAAGAUGGGAACACCGCCCUCCACAUGGCGGCGAGGAUGGGCCACGUGGCGGCCGCCAUGCUCAUGGUGAACCAGGGGGCGGAGUUUGUGUUGAACAAGAGCGACAUGUCAUUUCUCCACGAAGCUCUGCACAACGGGAAGCAGGAUGUGGUCAACGCCGUCAUUGACAGUGAGAGAUGUGAGGAGGCGGUGGUUAUGUUUAAGGUCGGUGGAUCCCAGCGUUGCCCCAUCAUGGACAUGAUUGAAUACUUGCCCGAGACCUACAAGCACCUGUUGGACCGCAGCGUGAGGGAGUCGGAGGAUGAUCACAACUGUCCCAACUUUCACAUUGAAUACGACUUCAAGUGGCUGCAAGCACCGCUCGAAAUGCAGAAGAAAGGGGACAAGUCCAUCCGGGCACAGCCGCUAGCCGCGCUCAAUGCGCUGGUGAUGUACAACCGCCUGGGUCUUCUCAACCACCCCGUCUGCAAAAAAUACCUAUCCAUGAAGUGGGUGGCGUACGGAAGCAUGGCGCAUAUUCUCAACAUGUUCAUGUACCUGAUGGGCCUGCUGCCGCUGACUCACCUCAUUGUGACUUUGAGGCCCACCAUUAACAUCACGGAGACGGGCGAGCGCAAGAUCACCAUGGUGCCCGUGUCCUUUGUUGAGCAAAGUGUGUUCCUGUCCUUCUGUAUGGUGAUGGUCCUCAUCAUGAACGUCUACUCCAUAUUGAAGGAAGUGCUACAGAUAAUACAACAGCGUUGGAACUACUUAAAGGAUUACUCCAACCAAGUCGACUGGUCCUCGGCCGUCUGCGCGCUUCUGUUCGUCAUCCCGCUCAUGCUCAACGCAUCUGGCUCGUGGUACUGGCAAGCGGGCGCCAUGGCCGUCCUCAACUCCUGGAUCGCGUUCCUCCUGUAUCUCCAGAGGUUCGAGGGCAUCGGCAUCUACGUGGUAAUGUUUGGCGAGAUCUGCAGGACGUUCUGUCGCACCGUAAUGCUCUUCAUCUUUCUCCUGUUGGCCUUUGCCUUGGCCUUCCACGCCCUGCUGCUUGAUCAGAAAGAGUUUCAGAACCUGCCGCUGUCCAUGAUGCAAACGUUUGUCAUGAUGGUGGGAGAACUGAAUUACCAGAACAACUUCCUGGAUGCGUAUCUGAACAACGAGUUUCCGUUCAGCGGAUUGACGUAUUUGACUUUUGUCACCUUUGUUCUCAUGAUUCCCAUCAUCCUCAUGAACUUGCUGAUUGGCUUAGCGGUGGGAGAUAUUGCAGAAGUGCAAAGAAAUGCUGCCAUGAAAAGAAUAGCCAUGCAGAUCGAACUUCACACUGGCCUGGAAGACAAACUGCCCUACUGGUUCAUCAAGCGAGCAGACAAACCCUCCGUCAUCAUCUACCCGAACCGCAAAUGCUCCAAGAACUUCAUAAUGUGUUUAUUCGGAGGCAGCGGGCCGGCCAACGAUGAGUGGAAGCGAACGCAGGCAUCGCAAAGAUGCUCCAUGCUAGAGGGCGAGCUUAAAAAACAAAAGUGCAGGCUGAAGGAGAUGUCUGGCAUGCUGGAGAAGCAGCACAACCUCCUCAAGCUCAUCAUCCAGAAGAUGGACAUUACCUAUGAGGCGGACGAGUACGACGGUCCCGUCAACGUUCGGGGUGCCACCUGGAAGCGGGUGUCCCCGCCCAAGCGUACCACUAGCGUUUCCCGCUGGGUGCCGCUCAUGAAGGCUAUCGAGUCCAGGCCCAAAUGAGACAGACGACAUUAAGGAAGAAUCUAAAAAUCAAUCAGUUGCAUUGAACCUACAGCUGAAGUUUGUUAGCAGGUUUUCAAUCGUCCUUUUAAAGGUGCACCUCACACUUUAAAACCAUUGU